GGUAUUAUUUAAAAAUUUUAAGCAAUAGACUAUAUGUUGUAUGGUAGUAGGUACGUAAACAAAUAUCAUUAAUGUAUGGGAGUUAUGCGUUCAUUGAACUCUUGAGAUCAAGUUUGCACAUUUUCUGUUUCUUUCUUUUGUGCUUUUCACACGAUUAAAAAAUUCCUAAGUUUAUAAAAAUAAAUAUGAAAGGCCUUAGUGCAGUCAACUUAAUUUUUGACCCCGUUUUUGAUUCUUACGUUCUCGUCGGUGGUGCCGUUAGUUCGCCUGUUUAGAUAAUAGUUGUUUUCAGAAAUUAUAACGCGUAUGAUUACUACUGUUUGCUUUAGUUAUAUUUUAGAAAUAUCUCGAGAGUUACGAAGACUUUUUAUGAGUGAAUUUUUCAAGACGUAAGGAUAUUGAUUUGUCUUAAAGGCUUGGCUCGUACAAUUUACGAACUAUACAUGGUUUAUAGGGGUCUUACGUGGUUUCUAUUGGCUCCAUUGGUUUACUUAUUCAUAAAAAAGUAAUAGGGACAUAUUUUUUGUUGGAAAUUUCCAAAUGAGUGAACGUUGUGUACGCCUCUCCGAUUUUUUAGAAAACCGAUUGAUAGUUGUUUUCGGAACUCGACAGCAAAAGUGGUCUUAUUAUGUGUUUAUGUGAGUGUAAUUUUAAAAACAGUGCUCGAAAAUAUUAAAAACUGAAGUGUGUAUCGAUUAUUUUGGAUUAUUUUGAACGUGGAAAUAAAAAAGGUGACUCACGUUCGCGGAAAGACAGCAGUGUUUUGUUUCUUUAUUGGGUUUAAACCCUCAUUAUUCUCAUUUGUUUCGGGAGUGCUGAAAAAUUAAAUUAGAGGUUACAAAAUGUUACCUCAACAGUAUUGUUUACGUUGGAGAUACCAUCAUUCAAAUUUACAAACUAUGUUUACACAAUUAUUGGAACGGGAAGCCUUUUGCGAUGUAACUCUGGCUUGUGAGGGGCGAACAAUAAAGGCACAUAAAAUAGUUUUAUCUGCAUGCAGUACAUAUUUUGAUACAAUUUUAUCUCAGUAUGAAGAGAAAGAUCCUAUCUUAAUUAUGAAAGACGUUAAAUACGUGGACAUAAAGUGUUUGGUUGAAUUUAUGUAUAAAGGAGAAAUAAACGUGGAUCAUUGCCAUUUGGCCACAUUAUUGAAGACUGCUGAAGAAUUACGAAUUAAGGGCCUUGCAGAAGUCUCGUGGAGAGACGAAGAUGGUGGCAGUGAUGCAAACAUGAACGGUGUUCAUUCGGCUUUACCACAUGUGUCUACUGUGAUGGAAAGCCCUAAAAGCGAACCACCUGCAAAACGAAAAAGGGGAAGACCUCCUAUAGAUGACUAUGAUCCUAAUUUUCCUGCACCAAAAAUAUCAGCAACUACAAGUAAUAAUGAGGAGGGCUAUUCCAAUGAUGCCAUGUCGAGCAGUGAUCAUGACUUGCCUUGGGAAGAAGAAAAUGCUAAUGCUGACGGAGACCAUACAGAAUCUGAUGAACAUCCAGUACGUGUAAAGUCAGAGCAUUUCUUAUUCCAAACGAACGACGAUGAUGGCAUGGAGGACGACGGUUCUCGACACGAUAUGCUCCAUCCCAUGAAUAACCAAAAUAGAUCGAAUAAUGCCACAAAACAGUCCACGACGACGUCGUCCACGUCCAGCUCGUCGUCGCUGACGGCGGCCAUCGAGAAGGAAUGGCCGGAUGUGAUCAAAAUGAAUGAUUACCUUAGUACCGGAAGAAGGCAACAGUUCUGGGAGGAACCGUUCACGAAGCGGGUCAUGGAUGCCAUCAAAACGAAAAAUUUAGAAAUGAAAAUCGCCGCUGAACUUUUAGGUGUUUCGUAUGGAACCCUGUAUGGACGGUAUAGGGACGCCUAUGGAUGUCUCAAGCACCCCUACAGGAUCAGAGACUUCUGGAGCGAGCAGGGCCCAACCGACAUUUUGUUGAAAUUAAAACGAAAAGAAAUCACCCUGUACCGUGCCGCAGAGCAGUUGAACGUAACCCCCCAGACACUGUCCAAUUACCUGAUCUCCAUGUCUCAGAUGGAGAACAACGACUCGAGUAUGCCGGGUGUCCAGCCGCACGUCGGCGAGUCAUACGACGAAGCCGAGUCAGACGACGACUCGGAUCAGGUGGCUCCCCCGGACACUCACAUCAUCAAACAACAUCAACCUGUCGCAUUCAGGAACAACGUGAAAGGUGGUGGUGUCGCCAGCAUUCCGGCAACGGCCACGUCCGUAACGGCAACGGCCAUUGCGACGGUGGCGAAUCAGUCGUCCACGUCGACGUCAUCGUUACCCAACUGUCCUGACGUAACGAUAAUCAAAAAGGAGAAGUUGGACAACGUUAUGGGUAAGAUGAACAACAAUUCGGAUCAUUCCAACAGUCGGCAGUCGAAAGGGGGUGCCGAUCAGCAACAGGCAUCAGCCAAGUAAUAAAAAGCCGCCCCUAUUUAUUUAUUAUUAUUAUUCAACAAUAAUAGUGAUAAUAAUAAUAAUAAUGAUUACGAAACCUCUUCAUAACAUUUCCAACAUUAGUAUUCUAUGCAGACCAAAGUAAUUUUGUAUCGUUUUAAAAUUUAAUUAAUAAUCUUUUUUAGUUUUAUAUAUUAAUAAUAACUUACUUAAUGAUAGAGAUGUAGAUGCAAUGUUCGUGUUAGAAUGUGAGUCGAAACUUGCG